AUGUGUUUGCUAAUUAUUGAACAUCUUUUCUAUUCGCCUUGUACUGUUACUACUGUUUUGAGCCUCAAGCUCUUUGGUGGGGGAGAAAAAACAGGCAAGAUGUCAGAUGUGCCUAAAUCUCAAGUUGGCACUGACGCAAAGGUUGCCGUUGCCAAAAAGUAUACAGGUGAGUACUACGUUAAAGGAAUGGUGGGGGACAAGAAAAGUUUUGCUAUUGAACAUUCCCGAGGUAGACAGAAGAAGCACACAGUGAACGAGUUCUGUGUUGGGGACGCAAUUGGGAGGGGUGCAUUCGCGGAGGUGUUUCAGUGUUGGAGACCGGAAGAACCUCACAUUGUCUAUGCCAUGAAAAAGAUACGAAAGGAUCUAAUUGUGAAAAGGAAGCAAUCACUUAAUGUACACACAGAGAGAGAUCUUCUUUCUGACGCAAAACUACGGCAGAAGCGAGUAAGUUGUCCAUGGAUUACGGAUUUGGUGGUAGCAUUCCAAGAUCAAGACUUCCUUUAUAUAGUAACAGAGUACUGCUCCGGAGGGGAUCUUAUUUCUUGGCUCAUCCGUUACGAUGUCUUCCCGGAAGAAACGGCAAGAUUUUAUUUCGUUGAGUUGGUUUUAGCACUGAAUGCGCUGCACAAGAUGGGCUAUGUUCACAGGGAUGUGAAGCCGGAUAAUGUCCUUAUUGAUCGGGAGGGCCAUGUUAAAUUAGCAGAUUUUGGGUUGUCUAAGAGAGAUCCGGAUCAGGCUGAAAGUACAUCCGUAGCCGACGAUAGCUAUUUAACGGAGGAUGUAACCGUUGAUGAUGACGUAAAGAAACGCUUCAGGGAUAAAAAGGAAAGAAAGGUCAUGUUCUUUUCUACUGUCGGCUCACCCGCCUACAUUGCACCUGAGGUUCUAAUUGGAAGGGGAUAUGACUAUUCCUGUGACUGGUGGAGCGCUGGUGUUAUUCUAUAUGAAAUGAUAUUUGGAUAUCCUCCAUUUUUCAACGAUAAUAACACCGCAACCGCUAAGAAGAUAAUACAGUUCAAAGAGCACUUGGAGUUUCCGAAGGAUCAAACGACGGUGUCAAAGGAAGCAAUUGAUUUGAUUUCUCACCUUAUUGCCGAUUCAAAAGAGCGAUACGGGUUUGAGGAAAUAAUCCGCCACCCAUUCUGUAAGGGUGUCCCUCUGACCGACAGUAUCCGAAAUGAGAAGGCCCCUUUUUCUGUGGAGCUGAAUAGCCCGAGAGACUUGCAAUAUUUUGAGCCUGCACCCGACAAUGCAGACAUCCAAAAGCAGCCGAUGACUGCGGUGUCGAGGGAAGAUCAGUCUGUUUUUGUUGGCUUUACGUCAAAACUUUGCGAUAGAAAUCAGUCCACAACUUGGUCAAGGGCACUAGGUAGGUUCCACGAGCUGCAGAAUUUUUCAGAUGAUGAUUAA